AACUGAAGUAAUUUCCAAUGUACAGAACGUAUGGUUGUAGUACAUAUAUAGCAUGGAAGUGAACGUUGGGAAAUUGUGUCAUGCCUAAUGUGUGUGCAGCGACAAAAUCCGUAUUUAUUGCACAUUAAAAUGUAAACUAAAAGGGGAAUGAGGAAAAAUUAGCAUUUUAUUAACCAACUCUGCGGAAUGCAUUUGUGACAGUACUAAAUGCAUAUAGUGGGAGGUCAAUGGACAAUUUUCCCAUGCAAAAGUGUAUUUUCCAACUCACUAAUCAUCUGUGAAUGGGUGUGUGGAAAAGCUCCUCUCAAAGUGCUGUAGACACAGUGUCUGGGUGAAUAAAUUUUCCAACGUGCGGGUGGAUUUUCAGGGGUUGUCAUCUGGUCCGAAAGUGGUGCAAUGGGGUUUCUGGGUCGUUGACACGCAGAAUUGCUUGAUUUAGGAGAUACACACCACUCUUUUUGAACACCAUCCAAUUGCCCCGAAUUUCCACACUCACUCCGCCAAAAUGGGACCACAGUACCCUCAUUGAAAUUGGACACAAAGCUUUCCUUGAGCCAGAUUUUGGAGUAAACCGUGGAGAGAGAGAGAGAGACAAGAAAAGCAUAGAGCAGUCAUCAGACACGGCGACACGAACCGUGGGAAAUUCUUAAUUAGACGCUAUUUAUUUUUCCGGCAAUCCGUACAGUCGCGCAUAAUGCGAUAGGAGGACACCAUUGGGUCCGGGGGAAAAUUCUAACGAGCACCUCGUGUGCCAAAGCACCCGCCUGAUUAGAUAGAGAGGCGAUAAGGACGCGUGAAAAAUUGCUCAAGUCUGUUCUGUACUGGGGUGUGUACCCCGCAGUAUACACAUAAUCAAGUAGUGUGGGAACAAUUAGUGUUUUAAUUUAGUGUACCACCACGUUGGAACAUCCACUAUAUCCACAAAAGAAGCACCAGAUGCUCACGAAUCAUGCUGUGUUUCAAUCUCAAAAUUGCCACAAUAUUCCGAGCAUAUCGCGAGGAAUCUGUUCGGGAUCGCAGCCAGAGUUUGUGCACACCGCCACCGAGAACACCACCCCAUCGCGAUAUUGGGGCUCUACGUGUUCUGCAACGGAGGGCAUCGAGUGUGAUUUCGUCAGCAACAGAAUUAAUUUCUCGUCGAGGUGUUUUUGCUAGGCGCAAUUAUGGAUCCGUUGAUAAGUUACCACAGUGUGAGCUUGAGGGGCUUGAUCAAAAUUGCAGGCGUUUCCGAUUGGAGAAUGGGGAGAGUAUGGCGGAGAAAGAUGAAGUCUUUGGUAGUCCGAGUACACCUAUCUUGGAGAAUCCUGAGCACCAGACUCGAUGGUAUUUCAAGUAUUUUCUCGGACGAUUGCACCAGAACUACGUUGGGAUUGAUUCGGACAAGAACCCGUACUUCCUGUCGGUAGUGUCACAAGACUCCGGGAGCAAAUACAUGCCUUUGUACAGAGUUAUAUUGUUCAGGAAACAGGGUGCCCAAAAAUUGGCUCUGCCCUACAACCCGCAGCAGAAGUUGACGGUGAAGCAAAUUUUGGGGCAUUUCCCAUCAAUGGAUACCAACAAGACGCCCAAGGAGCUCUUCUCGGCGGACAUUCAGAAGGAUCUACUACUGCUGGAGGAGCAGGAGGGUUCGGUCAAUUUCAAAUUUGGCGUCGUGUACAUGAAGGGUGGUCAGAAGGCCGAUGACGAAAUGCUGAGCAAUGAGAGUGGAAGUGAGGACUUUGAUGAGUUUCUGGGCGUGUUGGGUGAGAAGAUACGUCUGAAGGGGUGGCAGCAGUACAAAGGUGGACUGGAUGUUAAGAACGAUAUGACGGGCAAAUAUUCCAUCUACACCAUCUACGAAGGUCACGAGAUUAUGUUCCACGUCUCCACCUUGCUCCCCUUCUCACGAGACCGGCAGCAGGUUGAGCGCAAGAGACACAUUGGCAAUGAUAUCAUCAACAUUAUCUUUGUGGAUGGGGAUGAGGCGGAUUUCUCACCGAAUUGCAUCAAAAGCCAAUUUACACAUAUUUUUGCCGUCGUCACGAAACGCCGGAAGACAUACAGGUUGUCCAUGUACUGUGAUGAGACGGUCCCACCAUUUGGGCCGACACUCCCAGAUCCACCUGAAUUUCAGAGCCCCACGACAUUUCGUGAAUUUCUUCUUGUGAAAUUAAUUAAUGGCGAAAAAGCCACGUUCCAGACGCCCACAUUUUUCCAGAAGCGCCAGAGAACGCUAGAAAUGCUCAUUCGGGACUUGUAUGAGGAAUACCAACACGACUCCAAAAUGCAGACAAUGCUCAAUCGACGUGCAUUCUCGGAGGUGCUCUAUGACGCACCGAGAACGUCGAAGCUGAAGGAAGAUGCACGCCAGGUGGAAUUUGUGCGAAUUGGGCAGGCCCUAAAGCUUGAAGCAAUUGUUCGCGGUGACGCUCCAACAAGUCUGGCAACGGCAGGACCUGGGUCGGUAUUCAAGAGGCCACCAUGGGAGCCACACUGUUUCUAUGCGGCCUUCAACCAUCGUGGCAAUAUCGUGGGAGACUCUUGGGGCUGUGACGCCUUAUUUUUGGCGACUGACGAGGGCACAUUUUUGAUUAAAGAGGACCAAAGUCAUCAAAUUGUAUUCGAUCGCACCUUCACUGUUCGACAAUUGAGUGUGUGCGAGGAUUAUGGGAUUGUUCUCAUUCGAGGUGGAGCUGCUACGCACAAGGAUGGGCACAGGAUCUAUGUUUUUCAGCUUACGGACUUUAAGGAUGAGAAUAUUAAAUGCAGAGCAAGGAUGGAUGUUAAAACGCACAGAAUUGAAAAGACACGAGGAACUCAUUUGUAUAGCAUCUCUAGUGGAACAGACGGCCACUUGAAGAUGGCUGUGGCUAUUGGGAGAAAGCUUCUCAUGUAUCAAUGGAAGGAUACAGCUGCAAAGCACACAUGGUGCAACAAUGGGAAUUACACAGCAGAUGGUUUCCUCUUUCUAAGGGAAAUCACCCUUCAUGAAACACCAUCUAUCUUGACAAUAAUUGAGGGGUAUGCCAAUUCCAAGCUUGAUCCGAAUCAUGGGAACAUCAUUUGUUGCGGUUUUAAGCACAAUUUUGACGUUGUUUGCGAGAGUACCGGACAAUCUUUUCGUCUGCAUGAAAUUGAGAUGUCUAAGAGGUCACAGACACAACUUGUGGCCGCUCUGGAUCUCUAUGAUGGCCACGAAACUGAACUCCUUCUGUGUUACAAUCAUACUUGCCACUUCCAAAAGCUCGAUGAUGAAAAUUCAAGUACUGAAUUUGAUUUUCAUUGGAACUCCUCACCAACUUCCGUAAUCUGCGCCUUCCCCUACGUCAUUGCCUUCACGAAUGAUUCAAUGGAAAUCCGUUUGUUAGUGAAUGGAAAUCUAGUUCAUAUGGUUUCCAUGGCGGAACUCCAACUUAUAACGAGUAAGAAAGACAUCUUCUUUGCCACCACAGCACCUGAGUUCAUACCAAAGGACAAUCGCAUUAAGGGGCUGGAGAAUGAGUCGGAAAGCCCAAAGGAUAAUGUGAAGCAAUCCCCGAGAAUAGGGGAGAUUUCUUCUGAGAGAAUUCUUGAAAUUAAAAAUCAAAUUGAAAAAAUUGAAGAGAGCCAGCGUGUUGACAUUGAAGCUGAUGUUCCUAUAAAUGCCAAGGAUGAUCUCAAUCGCCUCUUGGUGUGCCCCGGUGAGGAUUUACCAUCAAUUCACAGGGCACGAUCACUGCAGGGUAAGGAGCGUGGAAAGGAAUCAGAUGAUGCGGGGAAGAGGCACAUCUCCAAAAGUAAUUCCUGCGGUGAGACAACAACAGCGGAAUUUGCACCCAAUAGAAUUCUCGUGGAGCCCUCAGUUCCACCAAAUUCGCCUAAGAGCGCUACCACGGAUUCACCGGGAUCGCCAAAUAAUCGGAAAUUCUCCAAAAGUCUGCGCGGUGAGGCGGAUGUGGGUGAGAAGCUGAAACCCCUGAGAAUCUACAGGAUUCCCAUUGCAAAUCUCACAGGGACGCAUCAUGCUCAGUCGUACCAUCCGCAGAAUGCGAAAACGUCCAAAGUGCAUAAAAUCCUGGAAGAUCAUACUGCCGAAAGUGAAGAAGUUGUCGCCGCUGCAGCUGAGGGACUUUCCUAAUAAACUGGACCACCGAAGUAUGUUUCAUGCACACUGGUUAGCUUAAUUAUUGCUUAAAUCUUACUUAUUAAUAAUUUUAAUUCUUGAAUAUGGCGGCAAAAACUACCAAAAAGAAGAAAAAAUUCAAAAACUAACCCCUUUUAACGGUAAUUUCUCAAAGUAUUUCACUUCAAUGAGAUUAUAUCGAUUUCUCAAUUCAAGUUAUUUGAUUGCAAUUAAAUUUAAUUCAAGAGAAAUUCAUAACUGAUUGCUAGUUGAAUAAUAAGCUGCUGUAGAAUUAGUAAAAUCUGACCAUUAGAUGAGAUUUAAACUCAAAGCAAAAUUUAAAGCUUUGCUAUGCUAAAGAUGAAAUAUUUGGCCUCAUAUUUGGUAAUCUUUAAGUUUUCCAGUGUCAAUAAGAAAAUUCUUUAAACAACAAAAAACUGUAGUUAAUAACUAGGAGGAAAAAAAUGUAAAACUUUCAGAUGCGAUUUGUUUCCUUGUGCGCAAUAAUCUCAUGGAAAAGCUCUCCAUACAUCACUUUGAGGGAGAACGUUGUGGUUUAAAAGAAAAGAAAAAGUAACAAGAAGUGAACAUUAAUGGCAACAUGUGGUGGUGUAAUAUUUCUUCUCUGUACUGUAAAAUGGUGCUUUUCUGCAUAACUUCUGGCAUUUCGUGUCACACCGCACACGCGGAUAAAAAUGAGGGACAAAUUUUAUUUGAGCAACUGCUGGCAGUUACAUAAAAAAAAUGUUUCACUGUAAUGUAACAAAAAAAAAAGUGUUAGACUAAGAAGAAAGGAAAAGGUAUAUAAUGAAAGGUAUAUAAAUCACGAUAAAUCUGUAGUGUUAAGAAGAUAUUUAUUUGUGUGUGUGUGUGGAAAAAUCACAUUAAAUCUGUUGCAAUAUUUUUCUCAUAUUAAAUUGGUUUGAAUUUGAGAAAUAUUGAAGAAAAAAAAAUCAAUGGCUCAGUGCUUUGCAUUUGAGCUUUGUGAAGAAAAAUAAAACAAUAAACAAAAAAGUAGAGUUAAAAGAAAUUUUGAGAAUAUAUUCUAUUGAAAAUGAAGAUGUGGGCAAAGGAAAACAACCAAUUUGAGAACCACACAAGAAAUAAAUAAAAGAAAAUCGUUACAGACGUGCAUAAUGGGAAAUUUUAAUUGAAACGUUAUUCAAUGGAGAGUAAGAAAAUUGAUAUAUAUAUAUUUCCACAUGAAGUAUUAUACAGAAAAAAAUAACAAAAU